AAUCUGUACAUCAAUUCUGCUGUUCAAAUUGAUGUCUCUGGAAACCGGAAGGCUGUUGUUAUCCAUGUGCCAUACAGACACAGAAAAGCUUUCCGCAAGAUUCACGUCAGGCUUGUCAGGGAGUUGGAGAAGAAAUUCAGUGGCAAGGAUGUGAUUCUGAUUGCCACCCGAAGGAUACUGAGGCCCCCAAAGAAAGGAUCCGCUGUUCAACGACCCCGCAGCCGGACUUUAACUACAGUACAUGAUGCCAUGUUAGAGGAUGUUGUUGUCCCUGCUGAGAUUGUUGGGAAGCGCGUUAGAUAUCGCAUUGAUGGAUCCAAGAUAAUGAAGGUCUUCUUGGACCCCAAGGAAAGAAACAAUACUGAAUAUAAGCUGGAGACUUUUGCUGCAGUUUACAGAAAGCUUUCAGGCAAAGAUGUUGUGUUCGAGUACCCAUUGACAGAGCCUUAAAAGUAGUUGCAGAUGAUUUGUUGUAGAUCUUUGUGAU